GUACAAAUACAUUUUACUUAACACGAUGAUGCGCGAGUUUUUCGUCCUUACGUGUUUGAUCGUCGUGCUCGAGUUUGCAACAUCGUUCAACGUGUGCUCCCAUAACCCAUUAUUGACCGACAAAGAUGUGUCCAAAAAUGGUAGCGAUCAUUUGUCGUACAGACUUCCAAAAGAGGUGGUCCCAACGAGUUACAUCGUCCAUCUGGACAAGGAUCGAACAAAUUUCACGUAUUUAGGAUCCGUGCAAAUAUUCGUAAGUGUCGUUGAACCGACCAGCACCGUUGUGGUGCACAACGAUGGCUUACGUAUCAUGGAGGAAGAGGUGAAUCUUUAUCCAGCUACGAACGAUUCGUCCGUUGAACCGAUUCUGUGCCGAUAUCACGACGCGAAAAGGCAAUUUUACAUUGUAAAAUUUGAACAGACGUUGGAGCCGGGUGAAUACGUGUUGCGAAUUCGAUUCGAGGGUGAAAUACGCGACGACGUAUUCGGAUUUUAUAGGAGUUUUUACGCUGAAAACAACGAGACAAAAUGGAUGGCGGUUACUCAAUUCUCGCCGACGUACGCGCGUCGAGCGUUUCCAUGCAUGGACGAGCCGCAUUUGAAAGCGGUUUUCUCGUUGACUGUUAACGUGUACGAGAAGACAGUGACGAGUAACACUAGAGUUAAAUUCAGGACCUCGUGGAACGAAUAUGGAUUCGAGCCAACUCCACGAAUGUCCACGUAUCAACUGGGCUGGGCCCUUCACGACUUCGUCUCGGCAAACUCCUCGCAAACUUUUCGAAUGUGGACGCGAAGAUCGAUGAACGAUCGGGGGAGAACUGCUCUGAAUUACGGGAGAUCGAUAUACUCGUCCCUGGAAAAUUGGAUCUCGAUCGAGAAUCCAAUAACGAAGAUGGACCAGCUCGCGGUUCCGGAUUUCAACUUUCACGCGAUGGAGAAUUGGGGUAUGAUCACUUACAGGGAGUCCGUGGUGUUGUACGAGGAUGGAAUUACGCCCACGAGGUACACGAUCGAUGGAUUGACCACGAUGGCCCACGAAUACGCACACACCUGGUUCGGGAAUCUCGUCACGCCCAUGUUCUGGGAUGUCGCCUGGCUGAAAGAGGGAUUCGCUUCCUACUUUCAAUACUUUGCACUGUCGAUGGUCGAGCCCUCGUGGGGGAUGAUGGAGAAAUUCGUGGUGAACGUGGUGCAACCGGCGAUGCUGUUGGAUUCCGGGAACCAUAGCAGAGUAAUGAACGGGCGAAACGUUGGAAGCCCCGCUAGCAUCAUGGCGGUGUUGGAUUUUGUCUCGUAUAAGAAAGGUGCAUCUGUGAUUCGCAUGCUCUCUCACAUGAUCGGUGAAUCGGCAUUUCAAAACGGUCUACGAAGUUACGUGACAAAUAUGUCGUAUCGAGCAGCUACGCCGCAUGAUCUUUACGAACAUCUAGAAAAUUUCACUCACAAAUUAAGCGAAUUGAACGAUGACAUAUCGUUGGAAGACAUCAUGGAGACAUGGACAAAUCAAUCAGGAUAUCCUCUGGUGACCAUCGUGCGAGACUACGAGUCAGGCAUACUUAUAAUCGUUCAUGAAAAAUUUCAAUGGGAUCACGUUCAUUCGAUGUCCAAAUGGUGGAUACCGUUGAGUUUCACAACGGAGACGGAUGCAAAUUUUUCUGACCUAUCUCCGAAAUAUUUGUUGAAUCCGGAGGAGAGUCUAAUCAUCGUGUCCCGCAUCCCGUCAGACGAUUGGAUCGUUUUCAAUAUCCAGCAAAGUGGAUAUUAUCGAGUGAAUUACGACCAGAGAAACUGGCGGAUGCUUACCGAUUAUUUGAAUUUGAAAAAUUUCACGAAAAUACAUAGAGUGAACAGAGCCGCCCUCAUAGACGAUGCUUUUAUGGCCAGGGCCGGUUACGAGAAUUAUUCGAUUCCGUUUAACCUUUCCAAGUAUUUGGUUCGUGAGACCGAUUACGAGCCUUGGGUCGCUGCCGCGAAUAAUUUCAAAUUCUUGAAUAAAAUGUUGAGCGGUGAACCGAACGUGUUACAAGCUUUUCAGGAUUAUGCGAUCCAUUUGUUGCGAAACAUGUACGAUCAGCUUAAUUUCACCGAAUCUCCGAAUGAGGAUAUAACGACGAAAUUACAGAGAGAAUCAAUCUUAUCGACUUCCUGUUUAGUACGUUAUGCCGAUUGUUUAAACGUUUCAGAAAAUUUAUUCCAAAGUUGGAUCACCGAGCCUGAUAAAAUAAUACCACGAGAUGUUAAGAGUUUCGUUUAUUGCGAAGGAAUACGUAAGGGUUCCAAAGAAAAUUGGUAUAAAGUAAUGGAUAGAUGGUUAAAUGCUGAUCUGCAGAUUGAACAAGAAUUGUUAUUACAAGCACUUGGAUGCACGCAAAAAUCUAAUUUGAUUGAAACAUAUCUGGAAGCAUCAAUAUCGAAUGAAAAGAAUGUUCGUAAACAGCAAAGAAUGAUGAUAGUGAAUGCCAUUUUGGAUGGAGAUGUGAGAAAUGUCGAUCACGUUCUGAAAUUCGUUCAAUCAACCUUAACAAGAAUCAUCGAACUAAGGGGAUAUGAUUUCUUGGACAAAAUAAUUACUGCAAUCGGAAAAGCGAUGAUAACAACAGCACAAACGAGAAAGCUUUCCGCGUUUAUUGAAGAAAAUUCCAAAAAUCUAGGACCGAGUUUAGAUACAGCGAAACAAGCAUUGUCCGUGGCCUUGGAAAACGUGAAGUGGAUCAAGAAAUACGUGCCCAGUAUCGCAGAAUAUUUUGAGAUUAUAUAAUUAAUAUAUUGGGCAUAAUAAUUAAUUAAUAAACGAUUUUCUUUUUUUUUUAAUUGUA